UUUUGCAAUUGAGAAAUAUUAUAAAUUAUGAAAAUAAAUGUGUUGAUAAUUUUUUUUAAAUGUGCAAGAAUUUUAUGAAAAUUUUAAAAAUUAUUAUUUAUUUAAAAAAUCACUAGAUUUAAAAAAGUGUAGUGUUAAACUAAUUGCAAACCAAUUCUUUUUAAUAGUGAAAAUUUAAAAAAAUCGAACAAAUUUGUUAUUGGCUUGUGUUUUAGCCUUCAGUUUAUAUAUAAAAAAGUUUAAUGCAAAUUUUGUUACAAUUUUGUUAAGAAACCAAAACAAAUUUAUGAAAAAAAACACUUAAAUUCUGGUUUUCUCUAAUUUCUUAAGAAGUUUGACUGGCGUCUUUUUGCUGUUUUGUCACAAAGUAGUAAAAUACAAUCAACAAGCCCACCACCUGUUCUAAUGCGCUUUAUUUUGGCAACUUUUCAAAUGAUCGCAUGAGCAACAACAACGCACGCAAAUAACGUGUAAGUCAUUGAUGAUCUCUUACGGCGAGAUAAUACAAAGCUCUCAACAACAUACGCAGUCAGGAUUUUCCACAAAAAAAAAAAAAACAUAAACAAAAUAUGGAAACAGAACAAAAACAACAAGAAGAAAAUCUCUGUAUAAACAAAUGUCAACCAUGUUAAUUUAUGCAAAUGCAUUAUUAUUACAACUAAUUGACAAUUCUAAACAAGUCGUCAUUAAAUGACAACACGUUCCUUAUUAUCUACUUCUACUUCUACAACAAUCUACCAACAGUACUAGCUGGCUUUCUGUUACUUGCAACAAAGAAACCAACUGCAACAGAAUUGUAGAAAAAUAAAAGAGACAAAAUAUUAAAAAACCAUAAAAAAUACAACUAUAUAUAUUAACACAAAAAUUUAAGCAGCCGCAGUCAUUGAAAACAAUUUAAAGUCUCGAAUUUAAAGUUUAUUAACACCAAUUUAUUUUCCUAUUUAUUUUAAUACGAAACGGAAAUCCAUAAAAGGGCUGUUAUUUCUUUCUUUUUUGUACAAGUUAGUGGCGACACUAACUCUUGUCUUCCUUUUUUUUUGGCCUACACAAAAUUAAAAACCGAAAAACAUUCAUUCACAAUGGACUCACGCAUCGGCCUGGAUUAUAUUGUCGAAAAUCGUGAUUAUAUUUCGAAAUUAGGCACCGCAUUGGAUACGAACAAUGUUGUGGUUAAGAAGCAAGUCUUUGAAUUACUAUCAGCUUUAUGUGCGUAUAAUGCCGAUGGUUAUGCUCGUGCCAUAGAAACAUUAGAAUAUUAUAAGAAUCUCAAAAAUGAACGAUAUCGCUUUAAAAUUGUUAUCAACGAAUUGGAAAAAACAACAACUAUUGAAUAUCAAGUUGCCCUUUUGGCAUUUAUUAAUUGUGUGAUCAUUUCGGCCGCUACGCUACAAGAUCGCAUAAGAAUACGAAAUGAAUUUAUAGGUCUAAAAAUACUUCCUCUUUUAAAUAGUUUAAGAAAAGUUGCACAAAGUGUAGGAGAUAUUAUUGUACAAUUGGACGUAUUCGACGAGCAAAGAGAAUGCGACGAAGCACAAAGCCUACAGGGCCCAAAUGGCAUCAACCUAAACUCACAUCUUGACGUCUUUUAUGCGAUAUUACGACAGGUGGCCGAUACACCACAGGAAAUACCAUUCCUUAGUAUACUACAGCAUUUACUGCGCAUUGAUCCCAAAGAACCGGUCAGUGAUGUUAUUUGGGAUACAACGGAAAAACUAGUUCAUCGUGCUACACUACUCGAAAAUCAUGAAGACUCGGUGCGUUUGUUGCGCACAACUAACGCUCAAAAAUUCACCUGUCAAAAUUGUCGCAGUGAUGCUACAAGCCCAACACGUAAACCCAAUGGCCCCAUAGCUCCACCGCCGCCACCACCACCUGCACCAGCUCCACCGGCACCACCUAUGAAAAUGUGUAAUGGACCACCAGCACCACCACCCAUACCUGGAGCACCACCGGCUCCACCGCCUGGUGGUAAAUUGCUUAACGUUAAGAACUCUAUGCCUGUACGUUCCCUCACGCCCGAACCCCGCGUUAAUGAUGUUUUAUUGCCGCAGCAAGAUACGCCAGCGCCCAAGGCUAAAAUGAAAACUUUGAAUUGGGGUAAAAUUCCACCCCAUAAAGUCUUAGGCAAACAAAAUCUAUGGACUAUAGUGGCCAAUAAUCAUCAGGAUAAUUCUAUGGAAGAUUUAGAUUGGAAUGAAAUGGAAGGUCUCUUCUGUUUACAAUCGACCAGUGCCCAGGGUUCACCGAAAUUAGGAAGAGCCGAUAGUGGUAAUGGCAACAGUGCGGUUGGUGGUUAUGAUACCUUAGAUCGUAAAUCGAAGAAAGAAAGUACCGAAAUCAAUCUACUAGAUGGUAAAAGAAGUCUCAAUGUAAAUAUAUUCCUUAAGCAGUUCAAAGGCUACAAUUCCAAUGAAGAUAUAGUUCAGCUAAUACAAGAUGGUAAUCAUGAGAUUAUAGGAGCUGAAAAACUAAGAGGUCUAUUGAAAAUCUUACCCGAAGUUGAUGAGAUCGAUAUGCUGAAAACAUUCAAUGGUGAUCGUCAACGUUUGGGUAGAGCAGAAAAGUUUCUGCUGCUUUUAAUGGAGGUACCAAAUUAUAAAUUGCGCAUUGAGAGUAUGCUGCUUAAAGAGGAAUUCGCUGCAAAUAUAACAUAUCUAGAUCCCUGCAUAAAUGCCAUGAUAGAGGCUGGAGAUGAUCUUAUCAAUAAUAAAACCUUACAAGAAGUUCUGUAUAUAGUGGUGGUAGCGGGUAAUUUCCUUAAUUCUGGUGGUUAUGCUGGCAAUGCUGCCGGUGUUAAGUUAUCUUCACUAACCAAGCUAACCGAUAUACGAGCCAAUAAGCCGGGUAUGAAUCUCAUUCACUUUGUCGCCAUACAAGCGGAAAAACGUAAUCCUGCCCUUUUGAAUUUUACCAAUGAGCUUAGUACUUUAGAAAAUGCUUCCAAAACCAAUGUCGAGCAAAUCAGUAUUGAUAUCAAGAACUUGGAUACUCAAUUGCAAAAAAUCAAAAAACAAAUUGAGCUGCCCAACACCGAUGAGGAUAUCAAGGAUCAAAUGAUGGAAUUUUUAGAAAGUGCCGAAAGUGAAAUAUCUGUUCUGAAAUCAGGCAUGGAUGCAGUCGAAUCUAUGCGUUUAAAAUUGGCCGAUUUCUUCUGUGAGGAUCCGGCCACAUUUAGACUAGAAGAAUGUUUUAAAAUUCUGCAAACUUUCUGUGAUAAAUUCAAACAGGCGGUCAAAGAAAAUGAACGUCGACAGCAACUGGAGGAACAGGCCACUUUAAGACAAAAGCAAAGGGAGGAACAGUUGGCCCGCAGAGCCAAAUAUGCCAAUCAAAAUGGUACUCCCAUUUCGGAUUAUGAUAAUCAAUAUUCGCUGGACUCAUCCUUUGAUGCCAGAGCUAGUCCCGCUUUGUCACGCAAACGUUUUGGUUCUUUCAAUAAUGGCAACUUGGAAAUCAAUAAUAGCUUUAUACGUAUGGAGGCUACUAAUGGCAAUUGUGAUGGUAUGUCACCCGACAUUACACCUAAUGGCAGUAUGCGUAGACGCCGAAGUCGUGUCUUGGCUGAAGAAGAUGAUCUUAUGGAAUUCUUAAGAACUUCAGGUCACGAGCGCAAUAGUCGCGAACGUAAAGCAGCCUAUGGUAGUUUAGAUCGCUCUUGGGCCCGCCGCGCCCGUUCUGGUAGUUCUAGUCGUAAACGUCCCGAAUUGUUAAAUAUUGACUUUGGAGCGGAUAGAGAAAGAGCCGCUUCACCGCUACCAAUUAAUGUGCCCGAAAAGGCUUCACCGUUAUCGCCCAGUAAUGGGGAAAUUGUACAACCAGCACAAGAUGAAACAAAACCAAGAAUAUCUCGUGAAUGGCGUCAAAAGAUCGAAACCUGGUUACAAUCGAACGAAAACGAUGAAAAACAAGACGAGGAAUACAAACGCAAGCGACGUUUGGUUAACAUCAAUAGGCGUUCGCUUGAAAACGAAUCGGAAAGCGAACGAAAGUUGGAUACAUUGCCUGAAGAGAAAUUUGUACCAACUACACCGAAUCCUUGUACUAAUGAUACUAACAACACUAACAACAGCAAUAAUAGCCAAACAAAAGAUGGCUAUAAACGUGUUUAUCCCGAUUGGAAACCUUCCAAAACUUUAGACACCGAUGUUGUCGGUACCAUACAAGCUAUAGCAGAUGUUAAUAACGCUCGAGAAAAUUCCUAUAAGCAAAGGGAAGAACCCAGUAUAACGGAAGCAGAUGAUGUUUCCUUCACAAAAUCAUCCACGCUGGUGAAUAAUGUUAACAAAUCCGAAGAUGUUGUCUAUAGAAGACAACGUUCCAUAGAGAACAAUGCCACACAAUUAGAAUCCAUAGCUGAAGAAGAUCGUCGCAAAUCUCUAAUACAACAGUUGGGCGAACGAGAUGCUACCGAUCGUUUGAAAAUCUAUAUACGCUCUCCCUCCACCAUGGAAAAGGACCAUAGCGUAACAAAUAAGCAACGUUUAAACGGUGUUGAUGCUCUUAAAUCCCCACCCUCUAUUUAUGAAGCAGUCGCCGCCGAAACAGCUAGUACAACCAAAGUUAAUGCCGAAAAUCAUAUUAAGUCUCCCAUAUCCAAAAAUCGUACAGCCAAUAAUAGUCAACAGAAAUUCAACUUUGAUAAUGUACCGUCGAGUAGUGAAGUCAGUAAAUUGGAAAGCAAUACCUCAAACAAAAUACACAAUCAAACAAGUCACAAAGCUAUUACAGCGAGCACAAAUCGCAAGGAAAUUGAUGCGGAUAAUAUUGAAACACCGCCAGUAACGAGAAGAAUCAUAUCUAGUCCUACCACUACUCUAGUAACCGUCAAUAGAACGGAGCCAAAAACACAAACGGAAAGUAAUAAUGAUGUGGAAAAUACAGAAACGCCUGGACACUUUGAUCGUUAUUCUAUGGCUAGACGUACAAGACGUUAUAAACGCCCUACCGACUACAGUAGUGGAAAUGAGGAUCUAACUUCUGCCAAAGAUUCAAGUGAGGAAAAUUCCUUAACACAAUUAGCUAAAAAUAGCAGCACAGAAAUCCAAACCAAAUGUGAAGAAAAACCUUUAACGACAACCAACACGGCGGACAAGAUAAGCGAAAAUCCGAAAGUUAAACGUACAAAUAUCUCAGCGAAAACCAUAACCAAAUUAGAGAAAGUGGGCCGUCAUAUAAGCUCCAUUAAUCAGGAGGAUGUGCAAGAAGCUUUACGAAAUCUCAAAUCACCCACAGACUGCCCGGAACGUUUGUGGAGUCCUCCGCGUGAAAUUAUUGCACAAAGAACGGUAAACUGCAAUAAUACCACCACAACGGCCAAUGGUACUACUCUCAUCAAAAUUUCAAAUCAUGAGCUUAACGAUGAAGGUUUUGAAGAAACACAAAGUCUAGUCUCCGAUACUCCCUCUCACGGUAAAGAAAGCACAAAUUCAUCCUGCAAUGAGGUAAAUGAGUUGCCCAAACUCUCGCAGAAGUCCUUGUCACAAAAAACCACACCUAUACAAAAGAUUUCCAGUCGUUUGGCGGAUAGAUUACAAAUCUCUAGAUUACGUUCAUCCUCUACCGCCUCGAAGUCACAACCCACAACGGCAGCAUCAUCUCCACGUAGAACAGCCUCGUCGGUUGAUCGUGCACGUACUGCACGUAUGCCUAAUGGACAACUUGUGCAGGGUCCAGCCAGUUCUACAGCUGCAGCUCAUAUGAGUAAUUUCACCAAUAAUGCUAUUAGGAGAGCCACUUCUAUGCGCAAAACUAUAGCAAAUUCAGAGCCUUCAUCAUCUUCGUCGGGCUCCACGAAACGUGAUGUCGAACGCAGCAGCUCACGCAAUAGUCUAAGAUCUUCACGCUCUUCCAUCAACAGCGGCGCUUCCACACAAACUGUUAAACGUAUGCCCAUUGGCAGUAGUCAUCUUAAUAAAUCUCCUCUACAGACUGUAUCCGUCGAUUCAUCGCCCAGUAAACGUCCUUUGAGUACCCAAAACCUGCGCAGUAAUCCAACACGUUUAUCGAGCACAGGUGGUGUACCAGCUAGUCGUUCUAGCUCCAGUGGUUCUAGUGUAGGACCCAAUAUUGUGGUAGUGCGACGUCUCAACUCUACACAAUCAAAUGUCAACCAACCACGUCAUACGUCCAGCUCAAAUUUAGGCAGCACUAGUUUUAAGGAGAAUCAAACAAAUAUAGGUCCAUCGUCGCGUUCACAAACGGCACGCACCGCUGUAAUGGCAAAAGCUAAUGUGGGAAAUCCACAAAAUUCUACAAGAACAGCUACUUCCCGCAGCAGUUCUAGUACCCGGGGUGUUAGCAGUUUUAUGAGACCUACAGCGGCUAGCACUACAAAACGUACUAAAUAAUUGUAAAGUAAAGAAAGGGGGCGCAAACACAAAGUAUACGUUCAAAUACAUUCCAAAAAAUAAGAAGAAGAAGAAGAAACAAAACUAAUUGAGAUUAGAAAUAGAAAAUUGUUAAAGUUAAUAAUUAAAUGUUUGAGUUUUGUUGUUGAGAUUAAAAUGAAGAUAUUUUUUCAAUAGUAUUAACAGGAAAUUUUAAAGAAAUCCAUUAAAAUUUGGGGAAUAAGUAUGAACAAAAUAAGUUUUAGUUUAAGAAAAGCUUUUGCCUGAAGUUAUAAAAAGCUUUCUUUAGGAAAUAUAUAAAACGGUUUAAUUAAAGCUUUUUUACUAAAUUUUUAUUUAAUGUUUCAAAUUUUAAAAAGUAGCAAGUGAUUUUAGAAAUCUUGUUAAAAAGAAAGCUAAGGGUUUAAUUAGCAAGAUCAUUAAAAGCUUUUAAAGCAUUGAAGCAUAUCAGAACUGAUAGAAGAAGCAAAGAAGUUUAUUGUAAGAAAAUUGUUUAAGUAAUAGGAGAGCUUUCAAGUUUAGUGCAUAAUUAAAUUGUAAAAAAAAUUAAGUGGAAAGUUUAGUUUUGCAAGAAAAGCAAAAAAUGUGAAAUUAAGUUUUAAGACAUAAUUGUAAAGUUUUCAUUUGAAACCGUGUUCUCAAUAAAGUUAAUUUUAGACAAGUUUUUUUUCUAAAAUAUACUUUAUACAUUUUUCUUUACAAAUGAUCCUCUAAAGAUAAAAUUCUUUGGAAUAUUGAAAAUUUUAUAUGAAAAGAAAGUUUUCUUUAGAUACAUUUACUUACAGUUAGUUUCUGUAGAAGAAAUAUCUAUAGAAAUAGUUUUCUUUAGAAGAGAUUCCCCGAAAACAGUUUUCGUUAGAAAAUUAUUUCUAGAGAAAGAAAUUUAUUGUAGAAAAAUUAUCACUUGAAGGCAUUUUCUUUAAAAAAGUUUUCCUCAGAAAUGUAUUUAUUUAAAGUUAAUCAACUGUUUUUAAAAAGCCUUUUAUAAUUUACCUUAAAAAAAGCUUUAAGGAACACUAUUUCUUAAUUAAAAUCUUUAAACAUUUUUAUUUCUUAAGGAAAUUUUCUUUAAAAAAUACUUUGGGUCAUAAUAGUUAAAGCUUUCUGGUAGCAUUCCCUUUUUUUGAAAUUCAGCAAAAUAUAUUUUGUAGUAAACUUUUGUAGCAAAGCUUUAGUUUAAAAAGUUUUAAGGAAAUCUGUUUUGAAUGAAACAUUUGUAUAGAAACUUUAGUUUAAAAAGCUUUAAGAAAAUCUAUGUUUUUUGAAAGCUUAAUUUAAGAUAAAGCUUACUGUUAAACUUUAGUUCAAAAAACUUUUAAUUUCGUGAAAAAGUGCAUGUUUUACGAAAGCUUAAUUAAGAUUGUACAAAGCUAUUGUAGCUUUUAUUUAAAGCUUUUUUAUUUGUAAACUUUGAACUUUAUUACUUUAAAAUAUAUAAGCAAGAUGAGUAAUAUAUUAAUAUGUUUUUUGAAGCACAGUUGUUAUAGCUUUAUUUUGAAGUUAAUUUACCUUUGUAAGAGCUUUUUAAAUAGUUUGCAAAAGUAGUUUUAAAAGAGCUUUUUAAAGAGUUUUCAAAAGUAGUUUAAACAUAGAGAAGCAAUUAUUUUUAAUUUUAUGGUUUUAAUUUUAAAAACUAUUCCCUAAAUCUUUAAGGAUUCAAACAGAAAAACAAAGCACACCAAUACCAAAUCAAUAUUUAAUUUUUUUUCUAUAAAUAAGUUGAA